AUCACCAAACGCCAAAACAGCAAACGUGAUGUUUUAUUAUCUCAGAAACAUAUUUUAGCUUGUGGUGUGCUGGAAAUAUAGUAAUUAUUGAUAUUGUAAAUUAAUUUAUUAAAAUAAACAUAACAAUAGUUGAACGGUGUUUGAUGGUUGUUCAGCGAUGCAUGUGGAAAGGACUACCGAAGAUAAUCACCUAUAAGUGUAUGCAUAAUAGGACCAAAAUCCUAACGUCUAUCGAACUAUAAUGUUCAAUACUGAAUUACUUCCGUAUCCGUUUGUUGUUGAGUUAUGAACUAAUAAUAUCUGACCGUAUCUCUGACUGCAUUAAAGGUUUCAGUGUGAUCGGUCAAAAUGCUUCUAAAAUUUACAAUGUGUUCAAUGUUUUGGAAUGCCGCACUACUGUUUUUGCUACUUGGAACUGCUGUGGGUGAAUACCAUAAGAUGAUUGUCAACGUGUCUGCAACGUCAAGUAAGUCUCAAAAAAGCUGCAUAUUAAACACCGAUACGUAUGUUAACAAUCUUAAAUAUCGUGUUAGAAAACCAAAUCCACCGACAAAUAUAACGGUUAAAAUUAUUGACGAUGGUAAAAUAGUUGGUGCAUUCUACAACGAUUCAACAGAGAUGAAAUUAGGAAUAUACUUCUUUCCUUUAAAUACCACAUUUGUCAAGAGUGGAACGAUGGUGAGAAUUCAGUUUCAAUAAUAGUAUAUAGGCCUAGGUCUAAUUCACAAAGCAGUCUGGUUUGAGAUGUAUUUCCGUAGGAUUUGCUGAAUGCCCACAUUGAGAUAGUGCUUGAUUUCCAUUUAGUAAGGUACCGGUAUGAGGUUAAGAAAAAUGUUAGGUAACAAAUUUUCACGAUACCCGUUACCAUCACGUUAACAGUCAAUAUCCAAAGUGGCCGCCUAUACACUGAAAAUAGGCAUAAAUU